AUGUCUACCUUGAACAGAAAACUCAGAGAGGAUUUCCUCCAUAUCCCAAAGCUCACCGCCAAUGGCAAGAACUGGAUGAUGUACAAAGAAUGUCUUCAGUGGUCCAUCGAUGCUUGGGGGCUGCUCAGCCAUUUAGAUGGUACCGAGACAAAGCCCAUGGAUCCCCAGAUGCUGCCUAGGGAUCCACAUGGGUAUACCCCGGGGUGUCAGGGACCUGACCCACACCCACACCCCGAGGUAUACCUGCACCCUUCGCGCGGGUGCGGGUUUUUGGGGGGUAUGGCCAGCUCAUACCCUCACCCGCACCUUUUUUUAUUCAUUUUUUAG